UCUCAUUGCAUGGCCCUCCCUCUGGAGCCCUCCUCUUGAUCUCAUUCCUACAGCUCUUGGGACGGAUGUAGGUCGCGCUGAUCUAAUCUACAGUUUCAGCUCCUUGAAACUUCUAGCGCCUCUCAGAUUUCUUGCCAUUUAUCUGUAAGCGGAAUUCCGAGUGACUUCACGUUGAUGCCUUUAAACGUAUCUUUUUAAUGAGAAUGUUGAGAUCUGAGCUUGUUGCAGGGGGGAGGUCCGGUUGAUCUGAAACGGUUAAAUGAAAAUCCCGCUCCUCCCUUGCAAUUUCUUCAGAUCCUUUACUGUGCUGUGAGCUUCACAGCCUGGUCCAUCUGUCUCUCAGACCUGUACUCUACACAAAUUGUAGUUAAGUGGGGUGCCAGUGCGCGGCAUUCCAACUUCCACAGGGGAAUCCGUUUUCAGUACGAGCAUUUUACGCGCCUUGUGCUUAGCCUUAGUGGAAAUCCUUGCACCUGACUCUUCUGAUUCGGUUACUGGGCACAUAAGAUGGUGUGACACUGAACGCAAGACGCGUGGAAAAGACUGCAGCACCCAUUGGAGCAAGUAGAAUCCUAAAGGGUGGUGCUCAGUGCCUGGCAUGGCUGGGGCCCUAUGUGUAACCCUACUGCUCCUCCUCAGCACAAAUACUGUCAGUGGAAGAAAGACCUGGAGGAGACGCGGCCAGCAGAUAGUACCCAGUGGCCGGGAGAGGAGCGAAGGGGGUGAUGAGAGCUUUCCACUGGACUUCACUGCAGUUGAGGGAAAUAUGGACAAUUUCAUGGCUCAGAUCAAGAGCCUUGCACAAUCCCUGUACCCCUGCUCUGCACAGCGACUAGAUGAUGAGAUGAAACUGCAUAUUCUGCAUAACAAAUCAGUGACAUGUAAUGAUGGAAGCUCAGCAGGAUACUACCUAAAGGAGUCCAAGGGUAGCAGACGGUGGCUUGUCUUUCUUGAGGGAGGAUGGUACUGCAUCAGCCAUGAGAACUGUGAUCUACGCUAUGACACAAUGAGGAGGCUUAUGAGUUCCAAGGCAUGGCCUCCUGCUAAAACUGCUUCAGGCAUUUUGUCAACUCAGCCAGAAGAGAAUCCGCACUGGUGGAAUGCUAAUAUGGUGUUCAUCCCAUACUGCUCUAGUGAUGUAUGGAGCGGAGCAUCACCUAAAACUGAGAAAAGUGGAUAUGCAUUUAUGGGAUCGCUCAUUAUACAGGAAGUGGUCAAGGAGCUUCUAGGGAAGGGACUGGACGCUGCCAAGGUUCUUCUGUUGGCUGGAAGCAGUGCUGGUGGAACUGGUGUCCUUCUAAAUGUGGACCUGGUGGCAGAUCUACUGGAGGAGUUGGGUUACCCUGGUAUCCAAGUUCGAGGCCUCUCUGACUCUGGCUGGUUCCUGGAUAACAAGCAGUACCGGAGAACAGACUGUACAGAUAUAAUUACAUGUGCUCCCACUGAGGCAAUACAGAGAGGAAUUAGGUACUGGAGCAGCAUGGUUCCAGAACGUUGCAAGCAGCAGUUUAAAGAAGGGGAAGAAUGGAACUGCUUCUUCGGCUACAAGAUCUAUCCGACUUUGAGAAGUCCUGUGUUUGUGGUGCAGUGGUUGUUUGAUGAAGCCCAGCUGACAGUAGAUAAUGUUCAUCUGAGUGGGCAGCCAGUACAAGAGAGUCAAUGGCUUUAUAUCCAAAAUUUGGGCCGGGAGCUGAGGAACACGCUAAAGGAUGUUGGGGCAAGUUUCGCUCCUGCAUGUCUGGCACAUGAGGUGAUCACACGUAGUCACUGGACAGAGAUUCAGGUCCGAGGCACCUCUCUCCCCCGUGCUCUGCAUUGCUGGGAUCGGCGUCUGCAAGAGACAAACAAAAAUAGCAAGGUCCCAUUGAAGGGAUGCCCCUUCCAUUUGAUGGACAGCUGCCCCUGGCCACAGUGUAACCCAACCUGCCCCUCCAUCCGAGACCACUUUACAGGGCAAGAAAUGAGUGUGGUGCAAUUCCUUAUGCAUCUUGGCUUCGAUGUGCAGAAGAUGGCCAGUCAACAAGGCAUGGAGCCAGGCAAACUUCUUGGGGUUUUAAGUAGUUAGGGGUUUGGACCUAAGCCGGGGGGGGGGGCUAUUAUUAAUGGAUAGGGAAACUAAGGGCCCACUGUUGACAAAUGGUUCUUCAAAGGGAAGGGCCUUAUGUGAAAGCAGAAAUUAUAACAGUGAGGCAGUAAAUAGUAAGCGCAGUGAUUUUGUAAUUAUUAGGGGUUUUGGUUAACAAAGAAACCUUUUGGUGAGUCAGAUCUAUAAUGGAAUAUUGCAGCCGUCUAAUCAUGGAUUGUCCAGGUGUUAUGUCUAGGAAUAAAAAAAAGGCCAUUUUGCGAUAGUCAAACAAGUUUUAUAUCCAAAGAAGCAACAGGAAGACCUAAUUAUAAUAAGAAAUACAUAGUACAUCUUUCAUUCUGGAUGUGCCAUUCUUCUGGGUGGGGGCAACAGAUUAGGUCCAAGCUACUGCUACUGAGAUCGAUAGUGGCAUUUUGCCACAUUAGGCACAUGUGGUGAACUGCUGAGUAUGCUGUUGUCCGUGUUAAUAAGUGAUCUGUUGGGCUCUGUUAUAUUUACCAUAUAUCAAAAUUUGAUAGGACAUUAAACAACUUUUAAGCAGAUGAAAAAAAUAUUUUCAAUGCUCUUGGCCAUCAAUCUGUUCAAUUUGAGUUUUGCAAUAGUUACAACUUGUUUAUAAAUGCUUUACUGUCUUUUUUUGUGAUCUCCAUAGGCCAGAAUGAUAUCACUUUCCCAUUUAGGAUAAAAAACAGUAGUUUAAUUAUCCAGAUAAUAUUUUGGGUUUAUUACAACCUAGUACAGGAAAUUAGAUCAUCUCUCUAACUUCAUCUAUGAGUGGACAUAAAAAGGUGGUACAUUUACUCCUCGGUAAAGCAAAAAAACAUAAUGCCCUAAUACAUUCUUUUAAAGGCAAAAGUAAUUUGUAAUACUUUUUUUAAAUGCGCAAACUUCCUUAAAAUGCCUUGUAUUUUGCAAAAUAAUGAGUAUGGGUAAAGUGUCAAAUACAUGAAUAUUCCAUUUAUUUGUCUCGUGCUAAAUGUAGGUUCUGGUUGAAACAUGUAAAAUAUACAACAGCUUUAACUGAUGUACGUAUUGAUGGAAGCACUGUGAAGGCACUGAAAUGAAAACAGUUUAUGUGCAUCUUAUAUGCGAGAAUCUGUUGUAUUUCAAUGUAUUUACAUGUUUUCAUUCCCUGGUGUUUGGGCGAAAUAUGAGGUGCAAUAUGUAAACUUAGAUUAUUGACAUUUUUGGGUUCCUAUUUUGUUUACUGUUGCUCCAUUUUUGUAUUACUCUUCCUAUUUUGCAUUUACUCAGUUUACUACAUUACUUGCAUUGCUUUCAA